AUCAGCAGGGGAGCAAGUCACCCUCAGCUUCUGCACUCCGGGUCAUCUUCAUCGAGGACAUCAUCUUUUAUCGUACAUGAAAUAACUGUCCCAAUCACAUACAGGAAAAGGAAAAUGCUGUUUUGGGUGUUGGCCCUCCUGCUCCUCUGCGCUUUUCUGUGGAAUUACAAAGGGCAGCUGAAGAAAGUAGACAUCGCUGACAAGUAUGUUUUCAUCACUGGAUGUGACACAGGCUUUGGAAACUUAGCAGCCAGAACUUUUGAUAAAAAAGGCUUCCAUGUCAUUGCCGCCUGCCUGACUGAGUCAGGAUCAGCUGCUUUGAAGGCCAAAACCUCAGAAAAACUUCACACAGUGCUUCUGGAUGUCACUGACCCAGAGAAUGUCAAGAAGACUGCCCAGUGGGUGAAGAGCCAUGUAGGAGAAAAAGGUCUCUGGGGUCUGAUCAAUAAUGCUGGUGUUCUUGGUGUGCUGGCUCCCACUGACUGGCUGACAGUGGACGACUACAGAGAACCCAUUGAAGUUAACUUGUUUGGACUCAUCAACGUGACACUGAAUAUGCUUCCACUGGUCAAAAAAGCUCGAGGGCGUGUUAUUAAUGUCUCCAGCAUUGGAGGCCGGCUUGCAUUUGGUGGUGGGGGCUAUGCCCCAUCCAAGUAUGCAGUGGAAGGGUUCAAUGACAGCCUAAGGCGGGACAUGAAAGCUUUCGGCGUGCAUGUCUCCUGCAUCGAACCAGGGCUGUUCAAAACGGAGCUGGCAGAUCCAAUCAAGACAACUGAAAAAAAACUUGCCAUUUGGAAACAUCUGUCUCCAGACAUCAAACAACAAUAUGGCGAGGGUUACAUUGAAAAAAGUCUACACAAACUGAAAAGCAAUACCUCCUCGGUGAACUUGGACCUCUCUCUUGUGGUAGAGUGCAUGGACCAUGCUCUAACAAGCCUCUUCCCCAAGACUCGGUACAUUGCUGGGAAAGAUGCCAAGACAUUUUGGAUACCUCUGUCUCACAUGCCAGCAGUUUUACAAGACUUUUUAUUGCUGAAACAGAAAGUAGAGCUGGCAAAUCCCAAAGCUGUGUGACUCAACUGACCACAAAUGCCUGGCCCUAGCAUCGAGAUUGACUGAUUUCACAGACUUAUCACCUCGGUCUCAUUCUUUACUAGACCCAACUUGGACUCAGUUAGACCAUGUUUCUGUUUAUAAAAGAAGAUAUUCCAUGGUCCUUUCUUAAAUCUUCUAUGAAAAUAAGGACAGAGAAGGCCUAUCACAUAAGCCGGUCCUGCCUGAUAGAACAGAAGCUUUGCCUGAUUGGUAAGAUGAAAGAGAAACUGAUGUCCCUCACUGGUUCAGCAAUCCAGAUUGUUAAACAUUGUCUCUUAUCAAAAUGUUAACCUAUAAGAAGUCUUUCAUUAGUGGAUCCAAUGGCUCUGUUAUCUGGCAGAGAAGAAGACUCAGGCUGGGACUCACUAUGUUCUGAUAAGCUUUGAUAAGAACAGGAAAGAGAUAAAAGGCACGUUACACAGAGCACUUGUGUGAACUGAGAAGCGGUUAGAAAUGGGGAAGAAAUAGAACGGCAGAGAAAGACAGGGGAUGAAAGGCAAAGAGACUCCAACACAAGCCUCAUACUCUGGGGGGGGGACACAGAGGACACACUGCUGCUGUUACCAUGAAGUUACAGCAUCUGGUCCUAGCCCUAGAGGCUCCUCAUCUCUGGCUUCAUCUAGUUGCAGUCAGCCACAUCACAGUGGAAGCACACCAGUUCUGUUGGCUACAGCUGCUCAUUACAAGGGCCAGGGUCUUGGCUCCAUCUCAUGGCUUCAGACUCUGUGGCUUGCUUGCUGCCCUUUGACUCUCCUGAUGUGCCAAGGCUACCAAGAUUUGCAGAAUCUGAAGGGAACUCCUUCACUGAUCUUCCCACCAUACUGGUCCAAUUGUCCAACCUUCUAAUUCUGUCUUUGUUUUUGCCUCAUCCUGAGAUGCUUUUUAUUAUUCUUAUUCCUUUAAGUAGCUACAAUUCACUUAC